UCAACUCAAUUCUAAUAUCUCAUUCUAAUUCUAAAUUUACUUAUACAAGUGAUUAUAAUAUAAAACACACACACAAAUGGGGUUGGAGAUGCUGCAGUCAGUGUACAAUAAGGCCAAGCCUUAUUUACUGAUGGUAAUUGUGCAGAGUGGAGCUGCAGGGAUGUAUCUUAUAAGUUCUGUUGUACUCAAACAAGGGAUGAGUCGUUAUGUGCUGGUUGUGUACCGUAAUGCAGUCGGUGCACUUGUCCUCGCCCCCUUUGCUAUCGUUCUCGAAAGGAAAAUACGUCCGAAGAUGACAAUCUCAGUGUUCCUUCAGAUAAUGGCCCUGGCUAUCUUGGAGCCAGUGCUUGAUCAGAACUUUUCAUACUUGGGGAUGAGUUUAACCUCAGCAUCAUACACAUCUGCCAUCAUGAAUGCUGUUCCUGCAGUUACUUUUAUCGUGGCUGUUCUUCUCAGGUUAGAGUUUUUGAAGAUGAGAGAAAUGGGAAGUCAAGCAAAGGUCAUAGGAACCAUAGUCACAUUUGGAGGAGCCUUGAUCAUGACUGUGUACAAAGGUCCCAUUGUGAAUCUCAUUUGGUCCCCGAAAGAAAGCCUCUUCGACACCGGUUCAGCCACGGCCUCCACUGAUCAACACUGGCUCAGCGGAACUGUUUUUAUACUCAUUGGUUGUAUUGCAUGGUCCUUAUUCUUUGUCUUACAAUCAAUUACAUUGAAGAAAUAUCCAGCAGAGCUUUCCUUGGCCUUCUUGAUAUGUUUGAUGGGUGCAAUUCUAAGCGCGGCUGUCACGUUAGUGGCCGAAGCUCAUCAUCCUGAUGUCUGGGCUGUUGGCUGGAAUUCCAAGCUCCUUGCUCCUGCUUAUGCUGGGGUGGUUAGCUCUGGCCUCACAUACUACAUUCAAGGAAUAGUGAUGCAAACCAGAGGCCCCGUGUUUGUCACUGCAUUCAAUCCUCUGUGCAUGAUCAUAGUCGCUGUCCUCGGAUCCAUUGUGCUGGCCGAGAAACUCCAUAUUGGAGCCAUAAUUGGAGCAAUAGUAAUAGCAGUAGGCCUCUAUGCAGUUGUUUGGGGGAAAGGAAAGGACAAAAUCGACAUUACGGCAUCGGACGAAAUAGGUCAUCAACUGCCCAUGACUAAAAUGGACACUGCUCACUUCAACAUAUCUGGAGACACUAACACUCAAAAAUAUGCUGCUGCUGCUGCAUAUUAAGUACCGGAUAUUGUUACGUGUAUGUUACCCGGGCCGUAUAUUGACUAAUAUUUACGAUGUUUUUAGGCCUGCUACUUGUAGAUAUAAUACGGCCGGGUACUUGUAAAAGGGUGAUACAUAUUGUCAUUCUAGAGUUUUGUACUGAGUUGAUUAUCUGGAGAAUGUUGUUAACUUGUGUUAAUAAAAAACUUCUCUUCAAUAAAUUUGUUUAGAAUUAA